UAGAUGUAGAACUCGGAUCAUCUCCGCGCUUCUCUCCGGCCACUCUCGAAUGGGUCGACAUACGCGCGGCUCGGAAGCAUCAGCAGGAUGCAUAUACGUCUCUCCUACGUCUGAGGAGGCGAGCGGGAUAUCGUUGACGUGUUUUGGGGUGUAAAAUGGAGGGACACGAAUCGACCCAUACCUUCACUGCGUCUCCUCACUCUACCACGAUCGGUCAACGUCACGGUACGCGAUUUCCACCAAUAACGAAACAGUCGCUGCUCGCACUCGAAACCCACGGCAUAGUGAUCGAUCUCAAACUACGCCACGAUGUCAACUUCGACCGGGAGCUCCACUUCAGACCGAACCCUGAUGGAUAAAGGUAGCAGAUUUGACAUAGCAUAACGUCACAUCGACAUAU